UCAGUACAGAAUCAAAUAAAAUGUUUGUAAACAAUCUGACGGUUCGAAAAAAAGAAUUAGGGUUGUUUUUUUCGCCAAUAUCUUCGAUUAUCGCGCUUAGUUGAAUUUAUUUAUCAUUAAUUUUAAUGUUAGUCAUUUUACAAAGAUGCCUGUUUGUGCAAACAACCUUGUCAUUUCUAAAUUUAGAAAAUAUCCCAUAACCAUAUAUGGGCAGCAGUUUUUCAAUUUUUUAUGCAUUUAGAAUUUUAACUGUCAUUCAAAAUAGAACGUAGAUUUUGUAAGACUACUACUGGAAUAAUUUGUGUUUAAAAGACUUGUCCUGUUAAGUAGGGUUGAAGUUGAUAGACAGUGUCUGUUGUGUUAAAGAAGGGAAAGCUCUAAAGUGAGGUCAAUACAGGUCACAGUUAGUUUAUUAUACAAAGUAUAUGGUAGUUUGGGGAACUGUUCCUGUAGAAACUUGGAAUUGCUGAGUGACUCAAACUGAUCAGUUUUUGUGAAAAAUCAAGCCAAGAAGUUGUAUGUUUAAGAGAAGUAGAGCUAUGGAGGCAUGUGCUAAAGAAGAAGAAAUUCAAGAUAUGGAUGAGACACAGGUUAAAAUGAAUGACCCUUUCCUUGAAGUUCUGAUUCCAGAAGGUGAACCAACUAUAUUUUCAGCCAUACGUUAUGGAGAUAAUGACAUGGUGGAUCGGCAGUUACGGCAAGGCAUUGAUUUAAAUGAAAAAUUUGGAGGUGGUACCUAUAGAGUGAAGAAUAAUGCAAUGGCUCACAGGGUGCAGACUUCACAUUAUGCAGCUCUCCAUUUGGCAUCUUUACAUUCUACAUGUGAGGCGCUGAGGUUGUUGUUAGAACAUGGUGCUAAUAUUAAUAUUCUGGAUGAGCAGCAGAGAACCCCACUCCAUUUUGCUGUUGUUGCCUGCAGGAUUUCUGUGAUAAAAUUUCUCAUCUUAAAAGGAGCUAAUAUUGAUGUACAGUCUUCCAGUGGCCGCACUCCAUUGUUAGAGUCAGUGAUAAAUGGAAGCUACAGCAUUGCUAGAAUUUUCAUAGAUGCUGGUGCCCAGCUUGACUUAAUGGACACAAAAGGGACUUCAGUUCUUCACCAGCUGUGUUUCAGCAGAGAUCCUAACAUGGACAUGAUCAGACUUGUACUUGAGAAGAAAUGUAAUCCAAAUAUAGCAAAUCUGAAAGGAGGAACACCCUUGAUGUUUGCUUCAGCAAUGAAAAGACAUUUCAGUGUGGAACUGAUCAACUUGCUUCUAGAGAAUGGUGCAGAUAUAAAUCUGACUGACAAGAAUGGUAGAUCAGCUAUACAUUUUGCAGUGGAACACAAGUCUACAUUUAGGGGUUUGGUGAAUAUUCUGCUGUUUCUUAUACAGCAUGGUGCCUCAAUAAACACACCAGAUAAAUCUGGCAAACUAGUACUGGAUCAUGCAAUGAAAACUAUGGCACUAUCAACAGUAAAAUGUCUUCUAUGUGUGGACUGUCCACGUGAUGUCAGCUACAUCAUGGAACACCCACAGAUUAUCUAUCUAUGUGAACAUGUUCCUGACUUUAAACAAUGGCUGAUAGAAGAACUGUACACACCUAGAUCAUUAAUGAGGCUGUGCCGGAGCACUGUGAGGGCGAGUCUUAGUCCAAACAAUCUUACAAAUGUACACAUGCUUGAUAUCCCAAGACAGUUACAAGACUUUAUUCUUUGUAGGGAUAUCCGAGGGCAGGAUAUUCUUACUUAGUCUUUGUAGGAGAUAAUGUUGCUUGUUAAAGUUUGAAGGAGCAUUCAGUGAUAUUAUUUGUCAAGGUUUGUUCAAGAGGGCACUAUCAUGCUUAGUGGUACUUGAGAGGAUAUUCUGGGUACUUUUGCAAACAUGAUAUUGGAAGAAAAAUUCCGAAUUGUAGGGAUAUCUCCGUCUUUAGUUGUUUUAUAGAGAUAUAAAAGGAAAUAUUGCUUAAUACUUUUUGAAAAGCCAUCAGAGAUAAUGAGGAGAUUUCAAGAUAUAUGUAUGACUCUAUGUAGUAAACCUCUGAGGGCUCUGAAAUUAUCAAAAUAACUUUCUUUCUGCUUGUUAAUCUGUAUAUUUCAAAUUAGAUUUAGAUUUCAUAUUAAAUUUUGAAAGUAUAUGGCUGAAUUGUGCUAACGUUGCAAUAAUCCAAAUUUAAAUACCUCCCUGACAUAUUGAAAUGGAGCAGAAUCCUAUAGAUACCUACACAAUUUUUUUUCAAUGUGUCAAAGUUAUUGUGUAUGACGGUCUUCAAGUCUUUUGUUGCAUAUGUUCAAAGAAGUUUUCCAACGGUGAUAUUAUAAGCUUUAUUUGUGAUAAUUUAUUAUUGUUUUUUCCAUUUACUAUAUUUUUAGCUCUACUAUUCAAAGAAUAGUCUAGCUAUUCUACUCAUCCUGGCAUCGGCGUAGGCAUCACAUCUUGGUUAAUGUUUUGCAUGCAAGUACUCACAGCUGUCAUUUAAAGGCAUAUAGCUUUGAAACUUAUUUUUUCUUUUUCUAGGUCAAUUACCAACCUCACUGGGUCAAGUCCCAUAACUCUUGACAUGUAUUUUGGCCAAAUUAUGCCAUCUUUUGGACUUAGAAAAUUCUGGUUAAAGUUUUACAUGCAAGUAUCUAUCUCCAGAACUAAUGCAGAUAUUGAAUUGAAAAAUCACACGUGUCUUCAGGAUCAUAAAACUAGGUGAAAGCAUCAAGAGCCAUAACUCUGACAUGCAUUUUGGCCAAAUUAUCUCCAGAACAAAUGCAGAUAUUGAAUUGAAACUUCACACGUGUCUUCGGGGUUAUGAAACUAGGUGAUAGCACCAAGUUCCAUAACUCUGACAUGCAUUUUGGCCAAAUUAUGCCCCUUUUUGGACUUUGAAAAUCCUAGUUAAAAUGUUGCGUGCAAGUACAUUUAAAAGGAUAUAGAUUUGAAACUUAUGUUUUCUUUUUCAGGAUCAAUUACCAACCUCACUGGGUCAAGUCCCAUAACUCUGACAUGUAUUUUGGGCUAAUUAUGCCCCCUUUUGGACUUAGAAAAUUCUGGUUAAAGUUUUGCGUGCAAGUUACUAUCUGCAAAACAAAUGCAGAUAUUAAAUUGAAACUUCACGUGUCUUCGGGGUUAUAAAACUAGUUGAUUGCAUCAAGUCCCAUAACUCUGACAUGUAUUUUGGGCAAAUUAUACUCCCUUCUGAUUAAAGUUUUGAAUGCAAGUUACUGUCUCCAAAACUAAUGCAGAUACUGGAUUGAAACUCUGUAGAGAUUUUAACAUUGGGGUAAUAUUCCUGCUUCUGCGACAGCGAUUCAAAUAGUCCAGCACUGGCUGUCGUACGGACUGGCUGUCGUACGGACAGCUCUUGUUUCUUUUAGUCUUCCAAUUUUAUCUUUAUUAUAUCCCACAUACAAAGUAUAUGAGGGUAUUAUUGGGUCACACUUGUCUGUCCAUUCAUUCAUCAGUUUGUAAAUCAUUUCUUAAACGGUUGCAGAUUACUGUUGGUCCAGUGCCUAAAUCCGGAUGCUUUUGAUAGUUUUUGGACGAUAACUUUGCAUUCUGAAACAACACGUACAUAAGAUUUUGAAUGUAUAAUUUUAGGUUCUGUAUAAAUCUUCAUGCAAAACAACAAAACUGUAUAUUGCUGGUUUCAUCAUAAAAAAAUCAUCCGAAGAGGCCAGUAAAAACUGUCAAAAACAACCUUCAGAGUGCCUAAAAACUCGAACACUAUUUGGAUAUGAAAUGCAAUGAGUCAGUGAGCCCAAAAAUAUUAUUUUAAUUAUAAUUAUAUAUACAACUUUGACAGAAGCAAAGUAGUCAAAUUCAGUCCUGUAAAUAAAUACAAACAUCCCUGUUCGAUUUAAGUUUUAUUAACUGUUAAUCACGUCAUCAUGUGGACUAGUUUCUAAUUUAAUAUAUAACUGCGAAAGAUAGCAAUGAUAUAAUACUUAAUAAAAUCUAUCUGAGCAAAACUACUUUUACUGGGAUCGAAAGGGAAACAACUAGAAGAAAAUGGGCUGAUUUUAUGUAAUGAGUUGCUUCCCUUGUCUGCAAAAUGUCAUUAUUUUCUCUAUUAAAUUAAUUAUUAUAGAACAGAUAUCGGUUAAAUUUCUUAAAUAAAUACUGAUGGUAGUACAGAAUUCUAAACAUUUUUUUUACACCUGUUUUGAUCAAUUUAGAAAAAGAGUCAUCUGCAAUAGGUUGAAUAUUUUUCUUAUUAAAUCAGUACCUCGUUGCACCUCAAAUAACUGGCACGCACUGUAUGACGUUAUCCCCCGAGACACAAUGUUUACUUUAAGCGAUGGGGAUAUUUGAAGGUAAUUUUCUUUGGAAAUACCUACAUAUAUAUACACUGUUGUUGACAAGUGGUCACCAAGGCUUUCAUUUGCGUCGAUCGUGAUCAUUUCAUUAACAAAUCAUGAUCUUAAAGUGCUUUUCAACGGUGUCCGAAUUAUUAGGCACUGUUCAGAUUUAGGUAUGUCACAAGUGCGCAUAAUUGUACAGUCAUUAUAUCAGGAGAAUCACAUAUGACGUUGGUCACCAGGUCCAAGGUCAAGUUCAUACUAAUAGGUCAAAUGUCUAAUAAUUUUGUGACUGCUCCAUAUUUUCUACACUGCUAAGUAUUUUCUUGAAACUAGCAUCAUUUGCUUUCCACAUCAAUGUGACUUGUAGAGUGCACAACCCAGGUCACUACUAAGAGAUCAAGGUCACCCUGGGAGGUCAAAGUUCAAAUAUCUUUAUUACAGACCUAUUACUGGAUUUCCAAUAAUUGCAUACAAAUGCUCACCAUCAUAAUCCAACAAGAAUCAUGCAUGACCCAGGUCACUUGGUCCGAGGUCAGGGUCACACUUAGAGGUCAGAUGUAACGUAGUAGCUAAACUUCAUGUCAGCUACAAUGCUUCUAAACUGCAUAAAAAAUUUUCAUUAAAGUAAAAUCAAUUGUUUGCCUGCUCAAGAUAAUAUGCAGAGUGCACAGUCCAGACCAGUAGAUCCAAGGUUAAGGUCACACUCGAAGGUCUUAUUUCAAAUACUAGUAGCUUUAUUUCAAACUGUUUGACUUUCAAGUAGCUACAGCAGAUGUUCAAGACCAAAAUAUGACAGACCUCACACAUGAUCCAGGUCACUACACUAGAUCCAAAGUCAUGGUCGAAUUUGUAGGUCAAAGGUCAAAUACCUUCAUUUCUUCAUCAAGAUGACAUGUAGAUUGUAUGUCCAAGAUCACUUUGUCCAAGUUUAUGUCUUACUUAGAGGUCAAAGAUCAUGGACACAGUAUUUCAAAAUGUGACUGCAGGUCAGUGAUAGCUCUAAUUACUUCAAAAGCAUAUAUAUGUUCAUAUCAAAUUUGUAAAUUUUAGAUAUUUUAUUUUUGUUUUUAUUCCAUACCUCAUGUUUUUAUUUCGAUGUAAAUGAGAUGUGAAACCAAAAUUUGUAGUCCUGUUUGGCGCCAUAUAACCUAUACUGUGUUGGUGAGCCUUAAAAACCCAAAUGAAUAAAUUAUUGUUGUUUUAAACUUGUGAUAUUUUAUUAACAUUUGUUUCAUUUAUGUUUUUGUGGUUAUAGCUAAAUUGACAAUUUCCUAUUACUCCUGUCUUCAUAUCUGUCAGUUCGUUGGUCUUUUUGUGAUAUUUUAACAGUGAAAUUUGAAAUUUUAUUUGUAAUUUAUUGAGAGUCAUCCUAGACUGCUAGUAUUUUGCAUAGACAUACAUUCAUUGAUUUCAAAUUUCAUAGAGUAAAAACUUCGUGAUUUAUAUUUUCUAUGGAUGUAAAUUUGUCAGUUGACUCAACCAACAAAGGUACGAAAAUUAGUCUUCCGUGCAUAAUAAUGAAUUCAAAAUGGUUUGUAUCAUUUUAACAUUUUACAUGACAAUUAGGGAAUUUUCUGACAUUCUAAGACUCUGCUUAAUUUAUUCUGAACUUUUGUAUCUAUUGUAACAGGAUUUAACAGUUGUAUGAUCAGCCCUGUGAAUGAAUUAAGGAGGCACAAAAUGUUAAAAUUGUUAAAGAUGUUUAAAAGUUUUAAGACAGAAAACAACCUCUGUGAAUUAUAAAAAUUAUAACAUUUCAGUAAAUUCUUUUAAAAUUUUACAGCAUUACUGAAGUACUUGCUAUUCUAAACUUUUUGAGGAAUUUUAAAGCCUACGUGAGCGUUUAUACGAAUGACAUAAAAUUGAAUUUAAUUCAUUUCAUUCUUUUUAGCUCACCUGUCACGUAGUGACAUGUUGAGCUUUUGUGAUCGCCCUUCGUCCGUCCGUCCACAAUUUCUUGUGAACAUGAUAGAGACCAUAUUUUGCAAGCAAUUUUGAUCAAACUUGUGCAAAACUUGAAUUGGCAUGAUAUCUUGAUUCCUUUCGAAAACUGGCCAGAUCCCAUCAUGGGGUCUAGAGUAAUUGCCCAUUAAAGGGCCAGAAUUUGCUAUUUUUGGCGUCCGUGUGUGGGUCAACAAUUUCUUGUCUGCAUGGUAGUGGUUUCAUUUAUGAUUUUAUUUUAACCAAACUUGCAUAAAACUUGUAUCAUAAUAUAGAGACCGUACCAUAGCUCUUCGCAUACUUUGAUUUUUCAAACUAAAGUGAUUUUUACAAGUGCACCGGUUACGAUAAAAAUGUAAACAACGGACUCUGUCUAUGAAACUUUGAAAUGAAUGAAUGACAGUCGAUCUCAGUCAUAAUACUGAUUGACAGUGAAUGCUAAUGACUCCAUGUGUUGCAGAAAGGUAUUUAGUUUGUAACUGUAAUUUCCCAUCAAUUGAAAUCCUCUCAAAACUGGUAAAAUAAUUACUUAUAUUUGGACAAAUCUCAUCGUCUUUGCCGUUCGGCAGCUGCAAAAAGGGCAAAUAUAAAAGAUUCAGUGUAAGUAAUAUUUCACUGGUACUGCCAGUUAGUAAGUUCAUACUCUGAACAACACGUCAGAGAAAUUUGUGCAGAUUUGACCAAUUAUGACGUUGGCAGCAUUAGAUUAUAUUUUUUCUUUACACAAAAAUUGCCGUUAGGUAACAAAGCGAAUACGCCGAUAAUCCGGAGUUCACUGAUUAUUGUUCCAGUUGACGCAAUGUUAUCCAGCAAUUAAACUGCAUUGCUAUUAGCUACUGCUGUUAUAGGGAAGUAGUAGAGUGUCUGCCUUAGGUGUGAGAGGUCCUGGGUUCGAGUCCCAGUUAGAGCUUAACUCUAUUUAGAUUCUGCUAAAGCAUAGUUUUGCUGUUAAUAGACUGUUCCAGAUGUUCUAAAUUUUUAGCACACAGUAUCAUGGAUCAGUAUUUAGCAAUCCAGAUCAAAGUUGAAUGUUAAAUCAAAUGCACCCAAUUAGAAAAUAUUGACUAUAUUAUGUCCCUUUGAUGUUUAUGCUCUCCAUGUUCAAGAAGAGUUACAUUUCCUUGAUCACAAAAUUUUCGUUAUCAUGAAAAUAUUAAAUGCUCAUAACUCCGCACUUCUGGUUAAAAUUUGUCUAUAUUUCUGUUUUUGAGAAAUAUAUGGACAUUUCUCUUCAUUUCAAAGCUUUUUAACUUCAAACAUAUGAUUUGAAAAACUUAGGUACUAUCUCUACAUAAUAAGAUCUUGGUUCCUUUCUUGAACUGGCCAGAUCCCAUUAUGGGUUCAAGAGUUAUGGCCCCUGAAAGGGCCAGAAUUAGCUAUUUUGACCUUGUCUGCACAAUAGCAGCUUUAUUUAUGAUUUUAUUUUAACUAAACUUGCACACAACAACUAUCACCAUAAGAUCUUGGUUCCUUUCUUGAACUGGCCAGAUCCCAUUAUGGGUUCCAGAGUUAUGGCCCCUGAAAGGACCAGAAUUGCUAUUUUGACCUUGUCUGCACAACAGCAGCUCCAUUUAUGAUUUGAAUUUAAUCAAACUUGCACAAAACUUGUGUCAACAUAAGGUCUCGGUUCCUUUUUUCAACCGGCCAGAUCCCAUAAUGGGUUCCAGAGUUAUGGCCCCUGAAAGGGCCAGAAUUAGCUAUUUUGACCUUGUCUGCACAAUAGCAGCUUCAUUUAUGAUUUUAUCUUAACCAAACGUGCACACUGCUUGUAUCAUUUCAAGAUCUUGGUUCCUUUCUUGAACUGGCCAGAUUCCAUUAUGGGUUCCAGAGUUAUGGCCACUGAAAGGGCCAGAAUUAGCUAUUUUGACCUUGUCUGCACAAUAGCAGCUUCAUUUAUAAUUUGAAUUUAAUCAAAUUUGCACAAAACUUAUGUCACCAUAAGAUCUUGGUUCCCUUGAACCGGCCAGAUCCCAUAAUGGGUUCCAGAGUUAUGGCCCUUGAAAGGGCCAAAAUUAGCUAUUUUGACCUUGUCUGCAUAAUAGCAGCUUCAUUUAUGAUUUGAUUUUAACCAGACUUGCAUCGUUUUCAAAAUAAUUUUACACAAAUGUUUCUUGGGUGACCCUCUACCAAAUUUCUUCGAAUAAUUUUGAUUCAUUGAAAAAGUGGCCGCCUGGGGGAGGGGCUUAUUUUCCCAUAUGGCUAUACAGAAAACUUCUUGUAUGAAACUACUGGCCUGAUUUGAAAAUAAUUUUAUUUGAAGUAACUUUAAGAAAAUUUCAACUAUAUUUUCUCAUAAUUCUUCUGAUUGAUCUUGAUUAUGAUUUUUUUACCUUCUUGUCCUUAAGUGCAGUGAUAACAGGUGAGCGAUAUAGGGCCAUUAUGGCCCCCUUGUUUUAUUUUUUAUUAUCCAUAUUUGCACAAAUUUCUACCUAAAAUAUUGUUUGAAGUUAUUGUUUAUGUUUACAACUGAUUGCCUAAUCAAACUGGAACUGUAUUUUUAGGGCAUUGGAGAAGUCUACAUGUAUAUACAUUAUUACAAUUCUUAUAUAACUGUUCUUACAUUAUUGUUUAAUUAACUUGUCAAACAUACAAUAGUUCUCAUGUUGUCAUCCAAUAGUGUGUUCAAGUUUAUGUCCUAGCUAUAUCUUGUAAACCCUUUUAAGAGAUAUUUAUGAAUCAUUAGCAGAUUGUAUAUCUUCUCAACACUGUAUGAAGAACUCGUGUUCUAAAUAUUCUGGUCUACGGCCAAGAUUACUUUGACCAGAAGACAUAUUAAAGUCACAGAUUUCAUGUCAGGACCAUAUUUUUACAUCCUUUUGAUGAAACUUAGGUUGAAUUUUCCACUCAUCAAGACUAUGUGCUGAACUGAUGAUUCUGUUGCAUUUCUCCAUGGACUGCAGGUCUUCCUUUCUUAAUUAUUGCACAAUUUACUCAAGUUUUGCACUACAUAAUGCUGGUAAUACGAAAUUAUAUAUCUGCAAAAAGACUUGUUAACUGAGAAUUUUACGAAACAAGUUUGUCAUUGCUCACUAUACCACCUUCAGUCCUUAACAUUAUUAACAGAAAUUCAUCUUCCUGCUCAACAGACAUAGACUGAGGAUAUUUGUUUGUUUCAGUAUAAGAUUGAAAUAUCGAGUGAACACCAGAUGCAACACUUUAACACGUGACAUAGCCGCCAGUGAAAAUAUAAAAUAUGGUAUUCGUUAGUGAAAGAUAUUUUCAUGUUUUGUCAAUUUUUUCUUACCAGUGAAAAAUAUAUUUAUUAUUUUUCCAUGUGAAAAUAUCAGAUAUUAUCACUCUAAUAUUUCGAUAAUUCACUGAAAAACAUGUAAUGAAAAUGUAUAUUUGACAGAUGAUACCAUUUUAACAAAUUUCUUUGUUCAUGCUAUAUUUUGUUACCUGUUAAAAUUGUGAGAUUUUAAAGAAAUAAAUGAUUUCUUGUUGUUUAA